CAAAUCUGUCCUUUUCCCCGUCGCCUUACUCCAAGGGUCGGGGGUGUGCAUAGACAGGUACAAAAUCUAUGCUUAAAACUCUCCAAAUAAAGUUCAUACUUACAUUUUCUGGUGUUUUACACCUGAUGAACACACUUUUUACCCCAACAAUUAUUUUUUGAUUGCUAGAACUACGUAACUUGAGCCAAGAUGAUUGACACAGUGACAGGACCCGGAGAAUUGCCUUUUGCAGUACAACUGAAGGCUUUAACAGACCUGGAGGGCCGCUACCAGCCAAAGCUCAGCGGUUUAAGGCUCAUUGAGGGUGCUUCUGACAAUGGGCUUAGGAUGACCAGCAGACUUAGGGAAAUGGAGGUGAAGGACCUGCUCACUCUGAGCAGGUUCUUUGGUUUCAGCUCAGAGACUUUCUCUCUGGCCAUCAGCUUGCUCGAUCGCUUCCUCUCUGUCAUGAAGAUUCAACCAAAGCACCUGUCCUGCGUUGGUCUAUGCUGCUUUUACAUUGCCGUGAAGUCCUCUGAAGAGAAAAAAAACAUCCCUCUUCCUAACGACCUGAUCCGCAUCAGUCAGAACCGCUUCACUGUGUCUGACAUGAUGCGAAUGGAGAAGAUCAUUAUGGAGAAACUCAAUUGGAAGGUGAAGGCACCCACUGCGCUGCGCUUCCUCCGCCUUUUUCACAGCUACAUCCAGGGGGAGCUUGGUGUAGAUGGCAAGAAGAUACUGAGCCUUGAGAGAUUGGAGGCUCAAUUGAAAGCUUGCCACUGCUCUUUUGUCUUCUCCAAAAUGAAGCCGUCGCUCCUUGCCAUGGCUCUCUUGUGUCUUGAGGUAGAGGACCAACAUGACCCAGAGGACAGGGACCAACUCUCUGAAGCGCUCCAAAGUCUGCAGAAGCUACUAACUCAGAUCAGAGAUGGCGAUCUUGUGUGUGUGCGUGAGUUGGUGGGAAAAUGCCUGGCUGAAUACGCCACUGCCAAGUGCUCCCGGCCCAACGGCCAAAGACUUCGCUGGACUAUUUCGGGAAGAACCGCGCGGCAGCUGAAGCAUAGCUACUACAAGAUUGCUCACCUUCCCACCAUACCUGAGUCGGCUUGUUAAACUCUUACCUGCCAUAUUGUCACCUGACCCCAAAACCUUAUUUUUUUUUUCUGUCAUUGGAUGAAACUUGUCAGGUGACAGUGCUCACAUUUUUACUAAAAGAUCAUCAUCUUUGAGAUGGUGUUCUUUCAGUCAAAAUGGUUUUCUUAUGCAAUAACAGAAACUAGUACA